GAUAAACAAUUCGAAAUCCGUUUCAGUUUAGUAUGAAAAACACUUAAUACUUGAAUUCUUAAUAGAUACUUUUUAAGUAAAGGGAAACCAUUUAGAAGUGGGCUUCGACUUGGCCUUGACAACGCAACCAGUGCAGUACCCGUUCAAUGCCUCAAUUUGGCAGAACCACCUUUCGAACCAACGAGCCGGAGGUCUAUGGUGAACCGCCGGUUCAGAGAAUCAGCCACGCAGCACGGAUCUACGGGCUGAGUGUCAUCCUGGCCAUGAUCGCCCUGACGCAGUGGGUAAUAAUUAGUCUGACCGAUGUGAUGAUACACGAUAGAUCCGAGGAGCGUUACGGCUGGUGGCUUCUGUGCACCUUCUUCGGCGUGGCCACCUUGUCCUGGACCAAGCUUGGCCGCAAGGUGCCGUUCAACUACAUCAUUAUCGGAGCCAUCGUGGAGAGCUCCACCAUAUACAUUGCCAUGGAGCAGAAACACAGCGCCAACAAGUUGGUCAACGUCUACGCUGGCGUCGUGGUGGUGGCCUUGAUGCUGGCCUCCAUUUUUUGGGGCGCCUACUUUCCCAUGUUCAUUGUGCCGGGCGACCUGGUGCUCAGCAUUUUGGUGGCCAUAGCUAACAUAAUGAUGAUUAUAUUCUUCAUCAACGCCCUCUUCAUCGACUACCAGGGGAUAUACUACGCGGUCCGAAACAUAUUCGCCCUCGUGGCGGUCUGCAUGGUUAUGUACACGGCCACCAUUAUCCAUGAUCGCCAGUUCGAUGUGCCCAAGAACGAGUACCUGUUCCUCAGUGUCCUGCAGUUCUUCUCAUAUAUGAUCCUGCAUGAGCGUAUCCUGGCCAUCGCCUAUCACAGUACUCGUACAAUCUCUUGUUAAACGCAGCUCGCGGUUCGUUAUCUCUUCUUUAUCAUUUGAAAAUAUCAGAACAUUUAUUAAUUGGCUCAUGAGGUAAACAAAAUUAUCCAAUAAGCUAAAAAUUGAGCGAUCUCAAAGUGAACAGAUAAUUUCGGUAUUUUUCCCAUGCUUGAUGCAUAUUGUCCAUGCGGUUACUGUAUUGUUCUGACGGAAACUUUCGGCUCAUUGUUUUGAAACUUCGGACAGAGUUCCGUGGCAUGCGCCAGAUCCAGACAAUGGAGGAUUGUAUUGAGGUGAAAUUAAUAAAUAAACUGCUAAACUGGCAGUGCAACGUGUUUCAAUUUUGAUGGCACAUGUGAUUCAGCAGUCUUUAUAAAGUAGGUAAACAGCAAGCAGAGGAAACCGGAUAAAAAUUUGCCAUAAAUUUCGUAAUAAUUCAGUUUCAAAAGACUUAUAUUAUUUGCUUGAAACAAUCUGAGUAAAUAACCGAAACGGCUUCCUGUGUAUUGAAAUUUUAUCAUUUCGGCAUGGCAAAGAGCUUACUCCCUGGGAAAUCCGUUCGUCCGAAGUCCUAGCCAUCCCCGGUCUAGCUUUAAUAAGAAACUCGCGCAUCGAUUAGAACUGGAUUAGCUGCCGUAACCGAAGAAGUGCCACUGGAAACAGGAUUAAUAGAGCAGGGUACUGGACUGUCCAAGACCAAACAAAGCGGCAGCUGGGCGAGACAAAAGAUCGCGGGUCCCUCAACAAUGCAAUAUCCACUUAAGGUCCAAGCGAGGCGAGAGGAAACUCGUUAUGAGUCACACAAAUCUCAGACUUCGCUGCGAGGGGCUUCAGUCCAUCCAAGUAUCCGCCCGUCUUAUCCAUCCGUAUCUCCUAGCAGUGGAAAUAGCAACCCUU